UUGAACGGCCCCUCCUCCUCCUCCUCCCAUCACUCAACACAUGGACGUCACAAACACAACCAAUCCCUACCAAAAAUUCGUAAAGCCAAAUCUCAAAGUUUCCGUACGCGCCGUAGCCCCAGCGAUCGUCGCAGUCCCAUCAAUCCCCAAGGACCGCUGACACUAAAUGCCAUGCUGACCACCAACGACAAAGGUCUCAGUCCUCACACGCCCAAAAGUCCCAUACUACCGCAUCCAGAGUCGAAAAGUCCGGGUAGUGUGUCCCAGAAGACGCCCACAACAUUGUCGCGUCAGGGCACGCUCAGAGCUUCACAUAAACGCAAAAGCAGCAUGACGGGUUCCCUAUCACUGGCCCAGGGCAGAAAGAGUCCAGUAGGCUUCAACAAUGAUCGCAGUCCUCAGGGUCGCCGCAGUCCGCUACUCAUGUCUAGUGAUCGCUUAAAGUCACCCAAUGAAUUGCAAUUGCAUUUGGGCUUUGGCUCAACAACACCCACAGCCCGUAGUCCUACUGGCGAUCGCAGUCGCAGUCCUACCUUUAGCAUACAUACCCAAGAAAGACGCUCCCCGGUGGGUAGUGCCGCUCCCUUAGAUUUCGGUCAAAUGUCACGUCGUAGUCCCACUUCUACGGUGCAUGUACAAGACAGUAAUCGCACUAGCUGCGAUGCUGCCACCGACCCUGACGAUGCACGUACUCCCACUAGCUACAAGAGACCUUCUAUCAAUCUAUUCACGCCCAUUUAUUUCAGUGGCGACAAACGCAGUCCCAUAGGACCCAUACCUCCCAUAACGGUUUCCAAUCCGGCCGAAACCUAUCGCAUGGCUGAAAGCAUCAAUAUGGAAAAGUCAGCCGAAGCCCAAAAGGAAUUGGAAAACCUUCAGAAGGAGGAGCAGGAAAAAGCUGAAGCAAAGACGGCGUCGGAUAGUAAAGACCAGCAACAUCCCGAAAAGAAAAGUGUUAUGCGCGAGAUAUUGGCAUUCGUGCGCAAGCCAUCGAAACACAUAUCGACGCGAACGAAUCGCUUUGCUAAUGCUUUUACAAGAGCCGAGUCUGGGACAUCUAGUGGACCGCUUAUACGCCAAAGUACUUUUUCAGCCAGUCCGGCAGCUUCGUCGACGGCUGCAAAGAGUGCUGUAGUUAAACAAAUGUCCGAAGUUGGAUUCGAACCAAAGAUGUCAUUGAAAUUCUCACACUACGCUAAAAUGUCACUGAAACUACGUCGAUCUGCCCGAGACGAGAAGGAACCCAAGCAGCAACAACAACAGCAGCAGCAGCUACAACAACAAAAAACUCAGUCAAACGAAGAUAAACGGCCCAGCUCAGAUUCUACGGGCACCUCAUCUGGUGGUGGCGGCAGCUCGGGCACUGGACAAUUGAACAUACAAGAAGGCAGCGGUUCGGGUAGAGCUACACCUCUCAGCGAUAUACCGUUCGAGCUAGCCAAUGUCCACUUCGAAAAGUUUUUGCUAAGGAUUUUUAACAACAACAGCCAUAAAUUAUUUAUUAAAACUAACAAUAACAAUAUAUUUUAUAAAUUAAUUCAUAUUAACUAAGAAAAUGUAACUGAAAUGUUGUUUUUUUGUAUGGGAGAGGAUUUAAUACAUAUAUA